CAUGCUUCAGAGCACACUUCUGCUUGAGGCUGCCUGGCGGGCAGAUAGGGACUUUUCUGUUUGAGUACCAUCUUUGGAAAGCUGCAAGAGGUUCAGGGUGAAGUCAAGAGAGUAUGGUGCAUCCUCUCUAACAAGACAGGGCUGUUCUAUACUGUCCUCUUUCAUCUGAAGUUUUGAGAGGAAAACCUGCCUAAGGCUUUGCACUGUGAGGAAGUUUUCUCAAUAUUCAGCGUUUUGUGGCAUAGUAUGGAUUUGGCAUCAUCACAACAUAAUCUUCUACAAAAUGAACUGAUAAGAGAAUUGGAAAGACAAGAAGGGGAAAAAGAAGAUGAACAGAUAGUUGCAGAAAUCAUGAGAAGGCGUUUUUUUCCUGCUCUUAUAACUCAUAAGCCCUGGGAAGGCUUUCACUUCGCUGGCCAUGAGAUAAGAAUUACAGAAGCCACUGAUUGUUACGGGGCAGUCGUCUGGCCAUCGGCUCUUGUUCUGUGUUAUUUUUUGGAAACUAAUUCUAAACAAUACAAUUUGGUUGACAAAAAUGUGAUUGAAAUUGGAGCUGGAACUGGGUUGGUCUCCAUAGUAGCCAGUUUACUGGGUGCACUUGUGACUGCCACUGAUUUGCCAGAACUGCUGGGAAACCUUCAGCACAACAUUCUCCAAAAUACAAAGCUGAAAUGCAAGCACCAGCCUUGUGUUAAGGAAUUGUCUUGGGGAAUUGAUCUGGAAAAGAACUUUCCUAGGUCUUCCUGUCACUUCGACUACAUUAUGGCUGCUGACGUAGUUUACCACCAUCCCUACCUGGAUGAACUCCUCCUAACUUUUGAUCACUUGUGCAAGAAUGACACUGUUAUUCUGUGGGCUAUGAAAUUUAGGUUGGACAAAGAGAACCAAUUUGUGGGCAGAUUUCAGACACUGUUUGACUUAGAGGUGAUUUCUAAUUUCCCCAGUUUGAACAUAACCUUGUAUAAGGCAAUAAGGAAAGGCAGGAUGAGACCUUCCAAACUGAUGGUCUGAAAGAGAGGUACAAGGAGAUGACAGUUUCAGCUGUUCUGCAGCUUGAUCUCUUUUUAGUAAUGUCCAUGUUAGUAGCUGCUAACACCUAUAUGAAUGACAUUUUUGGAGAUAGCUAAAACAAAACAUCAGCAUCCCUAACAAAUUCCUAAAUUCAAAUUGCUGGUGGUUUUAUACACAGAAGAAAUAUAUCUUUGAUGUUUUCUUGACUUUUAUGCACUAGGCUGACAAAACUAAUAACUUUCACAGGUCUUACCAUUACUGUUAUAGGUUGUGUAAUGAAUAUUUCCAAUAGCUUUCAAUUGCAGCUUUGAAUGAUGUCUUAUAAGAUCAACCAAUCAUUUAAAACUUAAGACUAUGAUAAAUCUUUGUAUUUAAAAAUUGUGGUGUUAAAUCUGAUCUUUCCCCAUUCUCACGAUUGUGUAAAUCAUUCCUUUGAAUAGCCUUUAUGGGACAUUAAAUUAGCUGAAAAGAAACACCACCUGGGAAAUGUACUGUCAUAAUAAAGGGACAGAAUAUAUUAGUUA